AUGGGACUCUUUGCAAAGGUCUUCCUUGCCGCUACUGCCGUAGCAUCCGUCGGUGCCGUCGAUGUUGUCGUUCAGUCUGAUGGAGGCAACCAGACUGGCAAAUUUGGCCAUCAGUAUGGAUACGGCUUCCUCCAUGAGGAUAUCAACAACUCUGGUGACGGUGGUAUCUACGCUGAGUUGAUUCAAAACCGUGCUUUCCAGUACAGCAGGGCUUUCCCGGUCUCCACAGCUCACUACUUCCCCAUCAACGGUGCUAGCCUUACUAUCAACAAUGGCACGCAGCCACUGUCAAAGGCUCUGCCUGCUUCCAUGAAGGUUGCUGUGGGUAACGGCACCGUUGGGAAGAUUGGUUUUGAGAACGAAGGCUACUGGGGCAUGGACGUCCGCGCCCACAAGUACACCGGAUCAUUCUGGGUCAAGGGCGCCUAUACUGGCACUUUCACAGCUUCGCUGCAGUCGAACCUGACAGACGAUGUUUUCGGCUCCGUCGAAGUCGAGUCCAAGUCUGUUGCCUCUGAGUGGACAGAGCACACGUUCGAGCUCACUCCUGAGAGGGAUGCUCCCAACUCGAACAACACUUUUGCAAUCACGUUUGACCCCACUGGCACCCAGGGUGGCUCUCUCGACUUCAACCUCAUCAGCUUGUUCCCUCCGACAUACAAGAACCGCAAGAAUGGUCUCCGUGUUGAUAUCGCCGAGGCCCUUGCUGAGAUGAACCCCCACUUCCUUCGUUUUCCCGGCGGUAACAUGCUUGAGGGACUCGAGAACGACACUUACUGGGACUGGAAGGACACCCUUGCCCCGCUCAAGGAGCGCCCCGGCUUCCAGGGUGUCUGGGGCUACCAGCAGACCCACGGGCUUGGUAUGAUGGAGUACCUGGAGUGGGCUGAAGACAUGGAUCUCCAGAUUGUCAUUGGUGUCUGGGCCGGUCUUGCUCUCAAUGGCGAUGUGACUCCCAAGGAGGACCUUCAGCCUUUCAUUGACGACGCUCUCAACGAGAUUGAGUUCGUCCGAGGCUCAGUCGACACCGAGUGGGGUGCUAAGCGUGCUGCUCUUGGUCAUCCCGAGCCUUUCGAGCUGAAUUAUGUUGAGAUCGGCAACGAGGACUGGCUCGCCGGUUUCCCUGGAGGCUGGGACUCCUACAAGGAGUACCGCUUCACCAUGUUCCACGAUGCCAUCAAGGCCAAGUACCCUGAGAUCCAGAUCAUCGGCUCUUCCGCCACCAGCGAUCCCGCCCCUGAGGGUGCGACUACUGGUCCCAACCUGAUUGACGGCAUCAAGUACCCAGCUGAUACCAUUGGCGACUACCACCCUUACCGCGAGCCUGAUGAGCUCGUCGAGGAAUUCGACCGUUUCGACAACGACAUCGGCCACAUCAUCGGUGAGGUCGCCGCUACCCACGUCAACGGUGCUACCCCUCCUCGCUGGAACGGACCUCUCUACAAGUACCCCUGGUGGAUCGGUGCUGUCGGCGAGGCUGUCUCUCUCCUCGGCUACGAGCGCAACUCCGACCGAAUCCCCGGUACCUUCUACGCCCCCGUGCUGAAGAACGAGAACCGCUUCCAGUGGCCCAUCACCCUCAUCCAGUUCACCGCCGACGCCAGACAGACCACUCGUGCCGUUACCUGGUACUGCUGGAGCUUAUUCGCCCACCACCCUAUCUCUCAUACCCUUCCUACCACCUCCAACUCUAGCUACGGACCUGUGUACUGGGGCGCUGGUAAGGACGAGGCCCGUAAUGGUGCCCUCGUCUGGAAGGGUGCUGUCUACAACACCACCGACAAUGGCUCUGUCCCCAUUACUGUCCACUUCCAGGGUGUCCAGGCCGGUACCAAGGCCCAGCUGACUGUCCUGACCAACUCCGUCGGUGACCCAUACGCCUACAAUGACCCACGCACUGGCGUCCAGAUCGUUGACACCAAGACCACCGAACUGACUGCUGGUGUUGGCGGAGCUUUCGAGUUCAGCCUGCCGCAGUUGAGUGUCGCUGUUCUGGAUACCGACGUCACUGGCAACUCUACUGGCGGCUACAAGAAGGCUAAGAGGAUGCCGAUGCCGAGGUACCAGAGGCGUUGGUAG